AUGCGUUCCGUUUUGGUGCUUUUUGUCGCCUUUCUUCUCUCGGAAGUCGCCGCUUUCGAGAGAUUUCUUGAUGAAACCGGAUCUUCUAAUUCGACAAAUGCGAAGCAGUAUAAACCUUGGAUAGACUUUGUGGAUCUGAAGAAAUUCACCGUUGGAGUUGACCCAAAGGAACUUUGCAAAGAUCACGCUGGCUUUGGCGAUUAUUUGAGAAACGCGACCACGCCGAUUCCCACUCAUUUAAAUGUGAAUAUAACGAAGCUGUUGACUGACUUGAAAGCAAUACCAGAAGAACCAAAGGAAAUAUGGCAAACGGCGUUGAUUGACGUUGAAGCGCUCUACAUCUAUGGUCAUUCGAAAAUGGAAGAACCCUGGGACAGCAUGAACAAUAAUACCAAGCUUGUCUUCGCCUACUACAAUGUUUUGGCUUUUCGACACAUUUGCUACGACAAAGGCGAUGCAAGCAAAUUUGCUGCUCUGAGUUGCGUACGUAAAGGGUCAUCAGCUGCAGAAAAGUGUUUCGAGAACUUCGAAUAUAUUCACCCGCUUUACAAUGAUUCGGCUCAACCUUUCCGCUGUUAUAUGGAGAAUCACGUGAAGAAAGAGUGCACAGUUGAAGAAGGAAAACAAUUUGACGCUGUUCUCAAGAAAUCUGCAAAGCUUUACAAGGAAUAUCGCGAAGCGAUAUCGUUAAAUACAACCACAGAAGCCAUAAAGAAAUCGGAUGGAUUUCCUCAAUGGGUGAUUGUCGCUUUGACGAUUGGUGUUCCUCUGAUGUUGAUUUGUAUUGCUUUCAUCGUGGUGUAUUUCAUUCGGCGCCAUUUCGGAAACAUGAGGGCACCACUUCCUUCGUCAAAGCAAGAAGUUCGUGACAACUCUAUUGAUCCAGCAUCGGCUGUUGAGAUGGGGAAUAACGAAAUUUUCGAAGAGAGCAAUUUUUGCAAAAUGUUUUAUUCCUCCGCCUCUUCUCGUCACUUUUCGCCACAAAAAAUUUGCUUUCUCUCUUUCUCAUGUAUGAAUAAAAAGUUUUGGCUGUUCUUAGAAACUUUU